UGUGAACGAUGAAUGACUCUGUGUCCAAUUUCUCCACUUGGAAAGCGGAGUCUGCGCUCGUUUGCGUGGGAUUCGCCGUCAUCUUCCUGCUCGGCACGGUGGGGAACUCUCUGGUGCUCGCGGUCCUGUUUCGCAGCGGGCAGAUGAACACCAAAACCACCAACCUGUUCAUCCUCAACCUGGCCAUCGCGGAUCUGUGCUUCAUCGUGUUCUGCGUGCCCUUCCAGGCCACUAUCUACACUCUGGAUGAGUGGGUGUUCGGACCUGCAGUCUGCAAAGUGGUGCACUUCAUCAUCUUCCUCACCAUGUACGCGAGCAUCUUCACCCUGACAGCCGUGUCCCUGGACAGGUAUUUAGCCAUUUGCUACCCGCUCCGCUCCCGAGAGAUGAGGACGCCAAAGAACGCACUCACCUCCAUCGGCCUCCUCUGGGCCCUGGCCUUGGUUUUCUCUGGACCGUAUCUCAGCUACUUCUCACAGAUGGACCUGGCUGGCACUGUUGUGUGCAUUCCUACAUGGGAGUCCAAACCUCGCAUCAUAAUGGAUAUGUGCACGUUUGUCUUCGGCUACCUCGUUCCCGUGCUGGUGCUCGGCCUCACCUACGCCCGCACCAUCCGAUACCUGUGGACCAGCGUGGGCCCCUUGAAGGACAUGUCCGAGUCGAGGCGGGCCAAGUGGAAAGUCUCCAAGAUGAUCAUCAUAGUCGCUGCUCUCUUCUGCCUUUGCUGGCUUCCCCAUCACCUGGUAAUCCUCUGCAUGUGGUUGGGCCGAUUCCCGCUCAACUACACCACCUAUGUCCUCCGCAUCCUCUCACACUUUGUGGCCUACGCCAACUCCUGUCUCAACCCCAUCGUCUACGCCCUCGUGUCAAAGCAUUUCCGCAAAGGCUUCAGGAAGGUGUUCAGCUGCUCGCUGAAGAGGAGGGAGGUGAAUAAGGUGCAUGUUCAGGCAGUGAACAUGGUCAGCAGCAUCGAUGUGUCCAAUUAAAGGUAACAGCCUCAGAGGAAGAGCCAGCCAUCUACCACAUGCUGAGUUCUAAACUAACAACGCUGAUCACAGAAGAUCAAGGAGGUCUUCACAACAGUCUCCCGACCUCCAGGACAUUUUUAGCCAUCAAAGGCUGGCAGAUGGCAACAUUGUCUACAAAUUCAGUCGAGGAGUCUGUUACACAAGACUGUUUCGCAAUCUUUACUUACAUGUAAAUUAAAAUGUACUAAGUCGGAUCAGUUAAUUAAAGUCAAAAUCAGCACGAGAGAAGAUGAUCUUCACGAAACUGUCUUAAGGUUGAGAUGUCUCAGUUAAUUUAAAAAUAUAUAACAGAUACUAGCUUUGGAUUAAAUUGAUCCAAUAGAUGUCUGGGCACCCUCAGUGAUGCUUUCUAAGGCCAGCACUUGGUGUGAUCGCCUGAUUGGAUCCUGGAUUUGAUGACGGGCAUUCCUAUGAGUGAAUUGAUGUAGUCUGUUCGAUGUGAUGCCAAACCUGACUGACACUGGUGUUCCCCACUGGGACUUUUUCUGUCCAUGCAUUGUCCCAGAAAUGAUCAGUGUACUUGAAUGAGUUGUUGUACAUAGAGAAUAUUCAUGGUCCCCAUUGGAUGAAUCGGACCUUCCCUCUAUCCCAGCCGGCCGGCAGGUGAAACCUUAGAUGUGACCUGUAGUUUCUGUCGCUCUGGGCGUGUGAGCUUGAGAACAAAACAGUCACUGUCUUUAGCUUUUAUUUCAUGCUGUUUAUAUGCAGUAGUGGAGAAAUCUGUGUAUGGAAGGUUGUCUACUGACACAGCCCGGCUCAAAAAGGAAAGACCAGACAAGGCAGGGACUUAGAAAAUGAUCAUUUAUUACCCAAACACGACUAAAUCGAAAGAAUGUGUUCAUCAGGAGUGUAAAGCACACACAAAGCGUGUAGAAAGUAAGGAAAAUCCCAGGAAUUGUGCUGUAGAUAAGACAGUCCGAGUCAGAGUCGGGACAGAGAGCCUUGGAGAAAGGAGGGAGCUUUGCUUCGCUGGGCUCAGGGAGCUAAUUAUCCCCCCAUUAGCUCCUGCAGAACAAAGCACGGCACAAAAACCAAAACUAAGACAAGCAUUUUCUGACUCGUUCUCCGGCGUCACUCUAACACCUUAGUUCACCUCAGGAUUACUGCUAAUCUCUUAAAAAGCUGUAAUUAAAUAGAUAAAUAAUUGAUUGAUCGCACAAGCGAAAUUACAGUGUUACAGCAGCAGCAUGAAAAAUAAACAUAGUACAGUUUACAAUAAAUAAACAACAUGAAGUGGCACAGGUGUGCAGUC